AAAGAUGGCUGUCGCGGCCUGCCUGCAUCCUUUACACGCUGGAGUGUCGCUCCAGGACCUUUUGCUUCAGACAUAAAGAAUACUCUCCUGGGGCCAUAUUUCAUAAUGAAAAUGAGAAGCAGAGACUAAAUGGAUCAGCCUCCAUGUAUUCGGAGAUCCAGAGGGAGCGGGCGGACAUCGGAGGCCUGAUGGCCCGGCCAGAAUACAGAGAGUGGAACCCGGAGCUCAUCAAGCCCAAGAAGCUGCUGAACCCUGUGAAGGCCUCCCGGAGCCACCAGGAGCUGCACCGAGAGCUGCUCAUGAACCACAGAAGGGGCCUGGGCGUGGACAGCAAGCCGGAGCUGCAGCGUGUUCUGGAGCACCGCCGGCGGAACCAGCUCCUCAAGAAGAAGAAGGAGGAACUGGAGGCCAAGCGCUUGCAGUGCCCCUUUGAGCAGGAGCUCCUGAAACGGCAGCAGAGGCUGAACCAGCUGGAAAAACCACCAGAAAAGGAAGAGGACCAUGCCCCCGAAUUUAUUAAAGUCAGGGAAAACCUGCGGAGAAUCACCACCCUGACCAGUGAAGAGAGAGCGCUUUAGAGCCGGCUGCUGGAGCUCCAGCGCCCCCUGCAGCCCGCCCCUGGUCCCCACACCUUCCUGCAGCCCUGCUGUAGCCGGCAGCCCUGGGCCCCUGGUCUUGACACAUCUGUGAUGUUCACACUCGCUUCUGUAAAAUGCGUUGUCCCAGAGGGCCGCCCUCCCCCCAGCCCUCCGAAGAUGGGGGCUCCUGAGCUCCCAGCCUUUUCGUUCUGAGUACUCAUCCCUCCUGCUCCAAGAAGAAGCCACUGCUGGGAAAACUUUUACCAGGCACCUCUCCCUGAGGGGGCUUCUGAGCUCUGCCAAGAUUUUUCUGGCAGAGUUGAGAAGGGACAGGGGCCUCUCUGGCUGGACAAGCCGUCCGUUCUGCCCGGGCCCCAUGGGGCCCUGCUUCUCUGGGCAGCCCAGCUCCCAGGUCUCCGAGAACUUCCCUGCCUGGGGUGGUCUCUGCAGCCCGGUGUGGGGCAGCUCGGCGGAGCAUCCCGGGACGCCUGCUCUGCAAGCCGCCUGCGGGGAGGACGGGUCUGUCUAAUGACGACAGCUUCUUUCUCAGACUCUGCCAGCCUUUCCCCACCCCCAUGCCUUUAUUUUCCCUUCUCCACAGCCCUACCCUUUCCAGGCCCUGUAACCACACCUAGCCAGGGCUGCAGCCCUUCCGCUCCUGGACGGCUAGAACAGUGCUUCUCAAACUUCACGGUGCCUAUAAAUUACUGGGGAUCUUGGUAAAAGACCGGCUUUUGGGUCAGUAGAUUUGGGGUGAGGGCUGAGAUUCUCAUUGCUAAGAAGCUCCUAGACUGCUGGGCUGAGGCCCACACUGUACCCGGCAAGGCUGGAGCGUCCACGGGUGGCCAAUAUUGGAAACAUCAUCCCUGAGGCCAUCUCUGCCCCACAGCCCCCAAGGGCUCCUUAUUUUCCACCCACCCCAGGGACCUCAGGCCUGGGAAGGCUCUUGCCUAGCAAAUUGUGUUUGUUGGUUAUGUGACCAGAAAUGUAUGUAAUCGCCAAUCUGCAUUUCUUACCACACUGAUGCAAUUCUAGCCAAAGACUCCCACAAAACUUUUCUUUUAAACCUUUUCCCGAAGCUUAUGAAGAGCAAAUAUAAAGUGAUUUCCAAUAGGCUUCUGAAAAUAUAAAAAACGGUUUGAAGACCCUACAGUCACCCUUCCAAACUGGUCCCGUUGAGUCCCCGUUUCCAGCCUCUGCACCUGGGACCCACCCCCUGCUUGGUUUCCAUCACCUGGGCCAGCUCCAGUGAAUUCACCCAUUCUUCCUCAAAACGCCCUUCCCAACGUGAGACCAAAUGUUUCAACCUUUUGCUCCUAUCCCAUAUUUAAAGAUUUAGAGACUAAACCAGGCCUGUUUCUUUUCCCCCUGAAAUCCCUGCCUCUGGCUUUGUAAACCCAUCAUUCAAGGUAGCAGGGCAGUGCUAGAAAAGCAUUUCCUUUCACGCCCCAAGACUGCCAGAAAGAGCUACCGCUGGGAUGCCCUUUGAUACUUGGACCAAAGGUGGGAGGAAAGGGAUCAUCCUGGUCUUACGCCUCACUGGGUGGUUGGAGAGUGACCAGAGACAUCAUCCUUUUCCUGUGGGGGGCAGCGGCUCUAAAAGUCUCUCAAAUGUGACAGUCUUAGUGAGAAGAUGGUAAUACUGUUUUAAAUGUCUGCCAGGUGAGAGAAAUGCUAAAAAUGCACAGUCCCUAAAUAAAGACCACCCCUUCCCCAAAGAAGUUGUCCCCUGUGUUGUUCAGACAGGAGAAGCAAGACUGAGUAUCUAGGAUGAAGUAGGCCCCUCCAAGGGAAUGCUUGGGAUUUCACUCUGUGCACCCCAUAGGUGCUCCACAGAGGUGGCAAAUCAUGGAGACAAAGCCCCAGAAGUAGAAGGAACCUCAAGUACCAUGUCAUCCAUGGAGCCAUGGCAGACACCCUUGUUCACUCCCCAGUGGUCAGCCCCAACUCCUUCUCUCCAGCCAUCUCCCAUUGUAGAGGCUGUAAAUACAGAGUCUCACUGUUACAGCCUCCUUUACAGCUUGGGGUGACCAUGUGACCAGGUAUGGCCAGUGAAAUUUAAGACAAAGUCUACAGGGGCUCCUAGGAAAGCUUAUGUUUUUCUGAUAAAAGAGACAGACUGGGUAACAACUCCCUGCUCCUCCCUUCUUCCUACCUUGACGAUGGGAUGCCUGGAGCCACAGCAGCCAUCUUGCUACAAUGAGAAAAUGGCCAAGAGAAUUUCAGAAACAUUGACCUGUCAUCAUUUGACCAAGCCAAUGCCAGCAGCCAUCCUCCUCCAGAAUUCUUGUAAAUAAAAAUAAAACCCUCUUGUUUAA